AUGCAAGCGUCGUCAACCGCGAAAAAGCCGCAAUCGCCGAUCAAGCAGCAGGAUAACAACGCAGCCGAAGCCGAAGUUUGUCGUCAGAUCGUCACCAGCUUUCUACGGAAGAACGUUCAGCCCGCGUCAAACGCCGUCAUAAUCUUCUACAAGGAGCAAUCUCAAACCCUAGCGCACUUCGCCAGCGCUUCUUUCGUGGACCUUCAUACAGUGGAUUCCGCUCAAGGUCGCGAGAAGGACGUCGUCAUUCUUCUCACGACUCAGACGGGUUUCGACCCCUGGAGAGUUCCUCAACGAUUCGCAACGACGUGUUGUCCAGAUGCCGCCAUGGCCAACUUGUUUUGGAGCACGAAAAGUCUUUGGCAGGCUUGUCCUUUUGGUCUGGUAUCUCCCAAUGGGCUAAUGACCGCAGGGCCGUUACUACAGCAGCGGCUCUUCCAGAUCUCCUGGAAUAGACGGCUCACGUCUCGUUUUCCAAACAAAAGAUGA